GUGAGAGAGGAAGACUGAGAGCCAGACCGUGUUUAGAGAUGGAUUGCUCUAGGGCUCAGCAGAGUCAGGCUUCAGAUGAAGUGGAUAAGACGACUGCAGUGGUGGAGAAACAGCAACAUAGUCAAAGUAAGCAAGUAAGCAAAGAUGUCAGGGAGGGUGAGAAGACUGGAGCUUGGAAGUGUACCAAAAAUCAGCUUAGCAGGAUUAUGAGGCCAGACGAUGCCAACGUUGCGGGCAACGUCCACGGUGGCAACAUCCUCAAGAUGAUAGAGGAAGCCGGAUGCAUUGUCGGCACGCGGCACUGCAACACACAGAACGGGGACCGCUGCUUGGCAGCUCUGGUUCGGGUGGAGAAGACAGAGUUCCUGUCCCCCGUGUUCAUUGGCGAGGUCGCCCACGUCACUGCUGAGAUCACGCACACCUCCAAGCACUCGCUGGAGGUCCAGGUCAAAGUCAUGGCUGAGAAUAUCCUCACAGGUGCCAAAAAGCUGGCCAACAAGGCAGCGCUGUGGUACGUCCCCUGCUCUCUGCAAAAUGUUGACAAGAUCAUGGAGGUGCCACCUAUCAAGUAUGCUAGUGCUGAACAAGAGGAGGAGGGCAGGAAGCGAUAUGAGGCUCAGAAGAUGGAGAGACUGGAGACCAAGGCGAGGCCUGAAGAGGUGAUGCCAUCUCCACCCAACCCAGAGGAUCCACCAAAAGAAAAGCACACUGUUGGCUUCAGCCAGUCGAGUCUGAUUCAUCUGGUGGGCCCUUCAGACUGUACACUACAUGACUAUGUUCAUGGAGGUGUGACCAUGAAGCUGAUGGAUGAGGUCGCUGGCAUUGUGGCAGCUCGUCACUGCAAUACCAAUAUUGUCACUGCCUCAGUGGAUGCCAUCAAUUUCCAUCGCAAGAUCAAGAAAGGGUGUGUGGUGACGGUGACGGGACGACUCACAUUUGUCAGUAACAAAUCGAUGGAAAUUGAGGUGUUGGUAGACGCGUCCUCAAUGGUGGAGGCAGAGAAGGGGAAAUAUCGUGCUGUCUCAGCUUUCUUCACCUUCAUCUCCCUUGACAAGGACAAUAAGCCCCUGCCUGUCCCUGCCCUUAAGGUUGAAGGCGAGGAUGAGCAGAGACGUUUUGACGAGGGGAAAGCACGUUACCUCCAAAAUAAAGAAAAGAGACUGUCAGAUAAGACACGCGGGCAGUGAAAAUGCCACUCAGAAUUUAUCACCUGCAGCGACAAUACAUUAACCCCACACAAUAUGUAGUAUGAAGGAAACAAAGUAAACAUUUUCUGCUUUAUGAUUAUUGCUUUCUCUUGAACCUGAACCUAUGAUUUUUUUUUCCUGUGCUACACCAAAGUAUCCACAUAUACUGUAUAUGUAUGUAAGAGUACAUAAUUUAUUUUGGAGAGAAUUUUAAUGACGGAUGAAGACUGGGUUUUUUUCGAUCACUGUCUCCUGUCUCUGUGUAGAAGAGUACUAUUUUGUUUGUGGAAGAUCUGAAGACUUAAUUAUCAUGUCAGUGUAAAGUGAUAAUCUGAGCACAAGGAAACUGAUGAAUAAGGGAGUGAGUAAUAAUGAAUAAAAGAUCCAAGUGCUAGUCUGGGGCUCUUGCCUUGUGUCCUUGCUAGUUUGAUGAUGGUGAUGUCAUUGUCUUGGGCAUGCCUUGGCACAGAGGGCACACGCUAUCCAUCUUUUCAGCACUGUGUCUUUCACAGAGAAAUCAGGGGAGCUUGGGGGUUUUGACUCAACUUGCAUCUCUCCCACAUCACCCCCUCCCACUUCCUCUCUGCUCUCACCCUGCUUUGCCUGUCUGUCACACUAUGCCUUACCAUACUCUCUUUUCCCUCUCCUCCUUACGACCUCUUUUCAUCCACUUCCAUUCUCCCGUAAUGUUGCUUUCUUGCUCCUGAGUUUCUCUUUAUUUACCUGUCUGUCUCCCUUGUUGCCUCUUGUACCCAUAUUGUUCUCUUUGUCUCCAGAUGACAUUUGAGGAUUCAUUAUUGUCUGAUAAACAAACUGAACUGGAAAAAAAUGUCUCUAUUAGUGUCUUUCCAUGUGUCCUUUGUAAGUGCAUGUGUGCACAAGGUAAAAUCAGAAAGAUAAAUCGGGCCAGUGAGAAAUCAAUAUUACCAUGGCCAUGGCUAUAUGGCCAUGCCAAGACUGAACCCUGUGAUCAUUAACCAGCCAUAAAUACCACGGUAUUACAUUUCAUUUUUUUCUUUUGCAUUUUAUUUCAUUUUAGACCAGAAUCAGAUUCAUCAAGAGGUGUAGGUAAGGCUGCGCACUGGAUGACAGGGACUAAUUUCGGAUCAAAACCAAAGUGAAACUGAAGAUUAUUAAAGUCCAAUGUGGAAGCUCAGACAUUGACAAAAGUCUAAACAUUUGUAAAUUUUCUUUUCUUUGGACCUUUGUUCCUCCUCAUACUGCCUUUCUGACAUGGACAGAAAAUGAUUUGUCAUUGAAUCAUGAAGGUUAUUGUUAUUUUUUUCCUCUGUCCCUCCAGCCAGCAGAGUAUGUGUGCUUUUCAUUUCCCCCAUGAAAAUAAAGUUAGGCCCAAGCUGCACUGGGGGCUAUAUCUAUUUUUAACCCUAGUUAUGCAGAAGCGUCUUGUGAGAGGAGGCGAGCACAGGAAGGGAGAAGACGAUACAGUGAGACAGUAUGCAUGUCAUAUGGUAAGAUGAGACUUCUGAGAAAUAUGAACUCAUGGAAAAGCAUUCGCCAUACGUACAGUAUCAUGACAAUGACAUUAUCU